UCUCGCUUCGGGCGUUUCGCAUCGGAGAAUAAAAUCAUUGACAUUAUAAUACUUUGGAAAAAAAGUGUUACAUUAUGGGAUUAAAGGUUUGCGGAAUAUUUUUGUUGGGAUGCAUACCCGUUGCCCUAUUUAUCGCAGCCUUGGCCACCGAAAGAUGGGUGAUCAUCUCCAACCAUUUAGAAAAUGGGACUGUCGAACUAGUGGCAAGACUGUUUGAAAUUGAAAUAUGUGUUAUAUCGACAGUUGCGGGAGAAAAUUGCACUUCAUUUCGUGAAGAUCAAGUGCCGGGUUUCCCAAACGGUGUUAGUCUUAAAAAUUGGACUCUUGCUCGUUGCCUUCUACUUACAAGCAUCGUUUGUGGGAUAUGUGGGCCUUUUGUACUGUGCAGACAUCUAUGCGAGAACAAAAAGUGGCUCAUUCCAUAUUGCGCUGCUCUUUGGACAUUGGCAUGUCUUUGCAGUCUUAUUCACAUCGGACUUAUGUUAAGGAAUACAGUUGCAAAUGGAAAAGAAAUCGAACACUCUCAAGGAAAUGUAAAACAGACGCGACCAUUGUCGCUUCUUCUUGUAGGAUUUGGUACGUUGUUGAGUCUGGGGACAGCUAUUGUGAUUGGUUGUUGUUUCCCUAAACCAACCAAUCGGCAAAAAGUAACUUGGGAACCAAUUCACAACCAACCGGUUUAAGCAAUUACAUGAACCAUUUUGACCGCUGUUGUAUUGAUUCAUAUUUUCCAAAUUUUACCAAUCAAACUACAGCGACUACGUAAAACAACUUCGCAACCAACCGGUUUAAGCAGGGCUUCACGGGAUAAACCUCGAAACCACUAAUAAUUUGAUCGGUCUAAGCAUGGCGUCACGCACUAUUAUAUA